CUUAUAAAUGUCAAAGCCAUCUCGAUUGACGUUUGUCAAAUUGUUAAAGGUUAUGAAUACUCAAAUUUAAAGUGAUGGUAAAACUCAGUAAUAUUUAAUAAAAAUGAGCACAUUAGUGCACGAGUGCACGUCACCACCCACUCGUUUAUGGCGUCCAAGACUGUGAGCUUCAACGCGCAUUGUAACCUAUGCGACUCUCACUUGGAGUCGAUAGCUAAAUGGGUGAGCUGCAACGGCGAGGUGUGGGGCGUGGGCCCCACGGCCGUGUUCGCGAGUGCGGCAGCCCUGCUCCUCUACAACGAGCUUGAGGCGACCAUCUUCAUGCCGGGGGACCAGGCGCACGUGUCGCUCAUGGAGAAGACCUUGAUUUCAACAAUGGUGCUGGGCAUGCUGGCGCUGAUGGUCCACCUGUGGGUGUGCUCGAUGCGCUUUUUCCAGUACUACCUCGACACGCUCAUUAGAGAUAGUCCAAGCAUGCUGCUAGAAAUGACCACGGCCGGCCUCCUAGGCAGUCAGACGACGGACAUGGUGCCGCUGGGCCCGCUCACCAGGUUCCUACGGCAGCAGCAGCCGCAGAUCCACAUCACGGUCUGCUGGUUCCUAUCGCUGUGCUACGCGGACUAUGUGAGGAAGCAUUACUGCCAGAGGUUCAACAUGCCCUAUCUGGAGCAGUGGCAAACGCAGCUGCACGAGCGCGCCACGCGCAACAUCCACCACGCCAUGCAGAAGGCGCACAGCUUCGUCGGCUGCGUGCACCAGCGACUGCGGGGGUACACGAGCCCCGCGAACAACGCCCAGCGCCCGACCUGUGAGGCGCAUACUGAGAGCGGUCCCGGCAAGCGGUCGCAGGAGGCCAGCGCCGCCGCCAGCCGCGCCUCCUGGGGCCCCUGCUCCACCGACCCCUCGGGCAAGGAGCUGUGCGUGCGACUCGUCAGCCAGUCCAGCGAGAGCACCGCAGAUGCUAUUGAGAAGCUUAGAGCGUAUAUUACGGCGAGCCGCUGCGCAUGUUGCGGUCCUCCAGACUCCGCGGUGCGUAGCGCUGGCGCGGCGACUCCCCAAGGAGCGGAAUGAGAGCCUCGCUCCUGUCCACUCAUGGCUACACCAACCUACAUACAUACUUAUGCACUGUCAAUAAAAUUGUUUCGAGUUA